AUGUCUGCGCAGCACAGUGGCUUGCGUGUUCAACUAGCGUCCCUGAAUGCAAACGCAAAGCUAGAGAGCGAUGCACUUCCGGAAUUUGAGCGGUGGCUAAUCCCAACGUGCGGCGAGGACGAAACAAGUGGGUUUGCUACAGCACCGACUCCUCCCCGAUUAAAACCUUCCGCAAUGUGCGUUGGCCCGCGAGAGGCCCCGGAUUUGUACGCAGUCGGCUUCCAGGAACUGGGUGCUCUUUCCGCCGCCCUUGCGGGCUGCACAGAGACUUUGCGUGCUUCGGUAGAUCGCGAAAUUCGACGCACGCUCCGCGUCCACCAAGCCACGGUGCGGCCUGACCGCAUGUAUGACCCACUGGAAAUGGGAGGUGGCCCUGAAAACUAUGCACUGAUUGCCGAGGUGGUACAUGGCGGUAUCGUGCUUUUUGUGUAUGCGCGCGAGCGACCACCACAAGUUGUAGCGGCGCACCGCAAAGAGGUACGGAGCGCAGCAGAGCGUAUCCGCGAAGUGCGCACCACACAAGUCGGCACGGGCAUAUUUGAUGUUAUGGGAAACAAGGGCGCAGUUGGUGCUCGCGUUCGUGUUGCGUCGAGCACGCCGGGCGCCGAGGACGAAGUGUACACGUUUGUAUGUGCCCAUCUUGCAGCGCACGACCACAAUGUGCAGCGCCGGAAUGCAGAUUGGCGCUCCAUUGCCGAGCGACUCGUCUUCAGCCACAAGCAGCUGGGGUACAUUCCCAGCGUUUUGCCGCGGAAUUUGGGCGGCGACCCGUCGGCAACGAUCGCCCAGGUGCAAAGUGUGCCCACCAAGACGGUCGCGGAGCACCAGUCGAGCGCGCUGGACGAAAAAGAGUAUUCGCUAUACGAUACGCACCGACUGUUUGUCAUGGGCGACCUGAACUACCGGAUCAGCGCGAAUAGUGUGGGUGUAAAUCCUGCAGAUGGCACGUCCGACCCAAGCAAGUUCCCCCCUUUGAACAAGCGAGACAUCAAGUCUAUGCUUGCAUCCAAGGACCCGGAACGUUGGACAUGGCUGCUUCCUUACGACCAGCUUAUAGCACAGCGAGCACAUACCCCUCCUUUGGCAUUUCAAGAGCUGUGUGUCCCCGACAUGAACCGCUGGCGCAUCCCGCCGACCUACAAGUAUAUCAUCCCUGCCAGCAGCAAGCAAGGGGCGGAUAUACUCAACCCUAAACGUAUUCCGGGCUGGACGGACCGCAUUUUGUGGAGCGGUGGCGAUGCACAGUGUGAGCUGUACCGCAGCAUCAUGCGCAGCCGCAAAUCGGAUCACAAACCAAUUACCGCGAUCCUCGCCCUAGACCCUGCCCCCGCCACUUUUCUGCGCGCGCCAUGGCCGAUAAAUCCGCAAUGGCGCUCGUUGCAAAGGACCGGCAUUGUGUUGGAUCGUAUAGUUGGGUAUCUAUGGUCGCUGCUACUCCUUUUUGGCAAUGGCAGCCUGUUAUUUGCAUUUUUGGAACUGGUCUUGCUCGUUGGUUUGUCCGUCUGGUACCUGCAGACGGCUUCCCUUCCCUUCCAGUAA